GCUUAGGAGCUGCUUCUGUUGUGGUUCUUCUUGUCAUUGUUGUGUUAUUAAGGCACCCUGAAGACAGCUGAAAACCUUGGUUAUGUUAAUUGAAAUGGACGAAAACGGUGAAGCUGACGGCGACAUCUCGACUUCAGAGAAACGCAGAAAACAAGCAGCUGGCAUUAAGGGGAAGCGUUCAGCUGAUGGGGAACAGUCUGGCAACAACACGCUGAGACGGUCACUCCAAAGGGGUAGCUCGUUCACAUUUCUCACCACCGGACCCCAAUGGGAUUUCACUUUGAAGAGGAAACAUCGACAGAAGGAUGACGGCGACGCCAUCAGCAUCUGCGGCUCAGACUUUAAGAAAUCAAAAUAUAGACAAAAGGAUGACAGCGACACCAUCAGCAUCUGCAGCUUUGACUUUAAGGAACCCAGCAACAAGCGAGUCCGUCCACACGGCAGGGUGACGUCGCUAGCCAGCCUCAUCUCUCCGGUUAAAAAUGGGGCCGUCCGGCGCUUCGGCCAGACCAUACAGGCCUCUUUCCGGGGUGAUGGCAAGUCGUCGGGCAUGCCCCAGAAGCCUUGCAGCAAGGCAGCAGCCCCCACGCCGCCGAAGCGACGGAACAGCACCCUGUGGUCGGAGACGUUGGACGUCCGCCAGAAGGGAACCUUUUCCACGCAGGAGAUCAAGCGGCAGGAGGCCAUAUUUGAGCUGUCUCGUGGAGAACAGGACCUGAUCGAGGACCUCCAGCUUGCACGCAAGGCGUACCAUGACCCUAUGCUGAAGCUCUCCAUCAUGUCCGAGGAGGAGCUUACGCACAUCUUUGGCAACCUGGACGACUACAUCCCCCUGCAUGAAGACCUGCUGGCUCGGCUGUCCAAGGCCACGGGCUCGGAUGGGACCGUGGGCCAGAUAGGACAGAUAGUCAUCAGCUGGCUGCCCAGGCUCAACGCUUACAAAGAGUACUGCAGCAACCAGCUGGCUGCCAAGGCCCUGCUGGACCAGAAGAAACAGGACCGGCGGGUGCAGGACUUCCUGCAGCGCUGCCUCGAGUCGCCGUUUAGCCGGAAGCUGGACCUGUGGAGCUUCCUGGACAUCCCGCGCUCUCGUCUGGUCAAGUACCCGCUGCUGCUGAAAGAGAUCCUCAGGCACACCCCGCCAGACCACCCCGACGCCGGCAACCUGGAGGAAGCGAUCACGAUCAUCCAAGGCGUUCUGUCCGACAUCAACAUGAAGAAGGGAGAGUCCGAGUGCCAGUACUACAUCGAGAAGCUGGAGUACCUGGAGGACAGGCAGAGAGACCCUCGCAUCGAGCAGUGCAAGAGUCUUCUGUGCCACGGGGAGCUGCGCAGCAAGAGCGGCACGAAGCUGCAUGUGUUUUUGUUCACUGAGAUCCUGGUCCUGACCCGACCCGUCACCAGGAACGAGCGGCAGUGCUUCCAAGUGUACCGGCAGCCAAUCCCGGUGCAGGACCUGGUGUUGGAGGACCUGCAGGAUGGAGACGUCAGAAUGGGCGGCUCCUUCAGAGGAGCCUUCAGUAACUCAGAGAAAGCCAAGAACAUUUUCCGUGUGCGCUCACAAGACCCGAACCACCCGCAGUCCCACACGCUGCAGGUCAACGACGUCUUCCACAAGCAGCAGUGGCUCAACUGCCUCCGCAGCGCCAUCUCCGUCUACAGGCCGCUCGGCGAGCCGCCCGCCCAGAGUCCGCACGCGAGCGACGCGCACUCCAAGCGACGCAUGUCCUCUGCCUCCGCCAUCAUCCACCUGGAGGACCCGGACGAGAACUGCCCCCGCCCGACCUCGCAGUCUGCCCCGAGCUCGCCGUGCAGCAGCGCCACAUGCAGCUCCACCACGUCGUCACUUUCCUCCCACUCCUCCUCCUCCUCCUCAGUUUCCUCCUCGCUGUCCACGCCGCUCUUCUCCUCCUCCUCGUUCAGAGGCAAAAAGGAGAAGAGGUCCCUGUGUUCUCUAGGGAAGAGGAAGGAAACCAUGGUGUGAAGUGAGCAGGAGAAAACGGACUCCUACACGGACUAUUUUAUUUUAUUUUAUUUUAUUUUUGUAUAUAAAUCAGAACAAAGAAGCGAGGGACUUUAUUUAUGUGCGUCUGCGUGUGUUUGUAUUACUCCAGCAGUGUUCUGUGUUACUGUCCUCUUCGGCAGCUAUGUACAAGUGCAUCCCAGACAUGCCAGAUGUGGAAAAAGUGCAUGCCUUGCUUUAAAAAGGGAAGCACGGUGGGAACCGAACCCAGACUUCACACAUCAAUCUGUGUGAUUCUGUGAAGAACCAGGUUGUGAUCCAAUCCUGUUUACUAUUAAAUUUGAUAUUUAAACAAUAUUUUAGACCUAUUUUGGGGUUAAUUAACGUUUUACAUUUUUAUAUUUUCAAGCGUAUUGCUGCAGGUAUUGUAAAGCAGCGCUGUUUUAGCCUCUUUUUUUUUUUUUUUUUUUUUUAUAAUUUUGGAGCGGGUUAAGGACGAUGGUGCGCCACACAAAGCUAGAAAUAAAUCUGGGGACAGACUUUAUUUAGAUACAUUCCUGAAAUGACAGAUUAUGACUCCUGAACACUGUUGUAUCUCCUUGCAGAGGCGUCGGUUUAAAACCCAGAGCAGGCCUUAGUUUCUCACUAAGAGCCAAAGCGAUAACGAUCAACGAUGUGUUCAAAUCACGUGAGAAGAAAUGAUGAGUUUUGUUUUCAGACAAAAUUUUGAACUGAGCCAUGUUGGUUUUUUUUUUUCUUUUUUUUUUCUUUUUUUUUUUACAGACUUUUUAAGAAUGAAACGAAUCACUUUUCAGCGUAGCAUCUUGCAUGGAGCUUUAGCUGCGGACGCUGCCUGCAGCAUCAUGCAUGUACCUGUCCUUCAGUGGAACAGGGGAAUGUGUAGAAGAGUUGACGUUUGGGGAAAAACUGAGUUGGAUUUUGACGAGAAAAAGGGCAUGAUGGGUAAAGUUUGGUUUUGGAAAUGAAACGGAUCAUCGGAGCAAGACGUGGAACCUCGGCCGACCAGGCGAGGGUGAAGGGUGGCUUAGAGAUGAUAGAUGCUGGAAGCUUACGGAAGCUUAAAAGAACCAGGAACGAUGGGGGGGAAAAGUACGUAGGGGACGAGAACAGACAGAGGGUUUGAGUAAGUGUGAAAAAGGUGUUUUGGAUGUUGAGAUGUAAACCAAAGAGGAAGAGGCAAAUCGCCAUGAGUUUUUAUGUAAUUAAGAGAGCAAUAAAGAUCUUUGUAAGAUUUGAAACUGAA